AUGAAGAUCAUCAUAUUCUUGGUACUGGCCGGUCUCAGCCUCGCUCAGGAAGACUUACAAUGUCAGAAAAAAACUGUGGAUGACCGUGCGUGUGUGAUCUAUGCCAUAGAGAAUUCUAGAGAUUUCAUGAAAACUUUUACCAUAUAUCUGUGUGACUAUAAGGGCUUGUUUGAUGACAAUACCAAAAACUAUAAUGAAACUUCUGAAGACCUCAUACAGACAUUGGCUUGUGCCGGUUGUGGCCCUGAUGGAUUCCUUAGUAAUGGCAACACAUUUGAGGAUCUAUUAGGAAAUGCCGCAAAACGGAUCAAAGAAAUCGGAAAGCCUGUGGGGAGGAUUGCGGACAUAUUGGAUUUUACUCAACCUAUCACAGAUUUCAUAUGCUACCUGGAAGGAGAGGCCUUGACAUCAGAAUGUGCGACAAAGAUCCUUCAGAGAGACGUCCCAGAAGAUGUGGACAAGCUGAAUAAAUUGUUCUGUGAGAGUGAUUUUGAUGCGUUAUCUGAACAUGAAAUCAUAACGCUCUGGAGUGAUUUGGAUUGUUUGGGAGAUGAUGCCCUUCACACCGGUGAUGCAAUGGAAAACCUACUAAAAAAAGUAGCUGGGGAAGAAUUUAAGAAAGCUCUAAGAUCCAUAGUUGACGAACUUAAGAAACUUCUUCUAACAUCGGACAUUAUACAAAAACUUUCAUGUGAUGUGACCAAGGUUGUUUUGGGUGAAGAAUCUCUUUCUGGCUUCAUUCCAUUGCCUUAAUUCAAGAACUAUUGUGACCGUUCAAGAAAUACGGGACGUUGGACAUAAAUAGUAGAAGAGUAGAAAGUGCGCAACAAAAAAGACAAAAAAAAACAUAAAACCAUAAAUUCUUCUUUUGAUUUUCUUGAUAAUGAACAAAUCUGUUUCUUAUAAAUCUCUUUUCC